CUCUCUCUUCCUUCUCUCUAACGGCUACGCCUUGUUCCUCCUCCAUUUUUCAUCUAAAGUCCUCAAAAUAAUUCGCUUAUAAAAUCCAAAAAAAAAAAAAAAAGAAAAAGAAAAAAAAAAGAUGGAUUUUAGCUCGUUCGUAACAUCGUUAGCGACGUCCUUCGUGAUCUUCAUCGUGUUGAUGCUUGUAUUCACCUGGCUGUCGAGGAAACCGGGUAACGAGGUGAUUUACUACCCGAACCGGAUCGUUAGGGGUUUGGAUCCGGUUGAGGGGAGGAGGAAGACCCGAAACCCGUUUACUUGGAUCAAGGAGGCCGCCGGCGCCAGCGAGGCCGACGUCGUGGCCGCUGCCGGAGUCGACACUGCGGUGUACUUGCUGUUUCUUAGCUCCGUUCUGGCGAUAUUAGUGUUAUCGGGACUAAUUCUGCUUCCGGUUCUUCUUCCAUUGGCUGGAACUGAUCAUGGUCUGCUGCAAGCUGUGAAAAACGCCGACACAUCUGGCAACUUCACCAGGAUUGACAAGCUAGCAAUGGGGAAUAUCCAAAAACUCUCUGGCAUCUGGAGAAUAAUCUCUCUCGUUUCUCAUAUUCUUGUUUUUUUCCUUUUUUCUUAUGCAUGUGGUUUAGUUGUGACAUUCACUGUUUUAUGGAGAGCAUAUAAGCAUGCUUCAGACUUGAGAGCAACAGCAAAAACAGUCUCAGAUGUAAAAGCAGAGGAUUUUACUGUACUGGUUAGAGACAUUCCCAGUCCUCCGAAAGGUGAAAGUAGGAAAGAGCAGGUCGACUCUUAUUUCAGGGCACUCCAUCCUGAUACAUUUUACAAGUCUAUGGUGAUUACAAACAUGAAAGAGGCUGAUAAAAUCUGGGAAGAGGUGGAAGGCUACAAGAAGAAACUUGCUCGUGCAGAAGUUGUAUUCGCAGAAUCUAAAACUGCAAGCAAACCCGAAGGGACAAGACCCACCAACCGAACUGGCUUCCUUGGUCUUAUCGGUGAAAAGGUGGACACAAUUAACUAUUGCAAUGAGAAAAUUGACGAAUUGAUUCUGAAAUUGGAGACUGAACAAAAGAAGACCCUCAGAGAGAAACAGCAAAAUGCUGCACUUAUAUUCUUUAGUAAAAGAGAAGCUGCAGUUUCAGCUGCACAAACUCUCCACAGCCAGCUGGUUGAUACUUGGGUUGUAACUGAAGCUCCCGAGCCUCGUCAAGUACUAUGGGCAAAUUUAUCAAAGAAAUUCUAUGAGAGGCAAAUAAGGCAGUUUCUUGUUUAUGGAAUUGUCUUUCUUACUGUCGUCUUUUACAUGAUUCCCAUUGCUUUCAUAUCUGCGAUUACCACCCUUGACAACUUGAGGAAGGCAGCACCUUUUCUUAAGGUGAUAGUGGAUAGGCCAGCUAUUAAGGCAAUUUUGCAAGCUUAUCUCCCUCAGCUUGCACUUAUUCUAUUCUUGGCUCUACUUCCAAAAUUUCUUAUGAUGUUGUCAAAGGCAGAGGGGUUACCUUCAGAGAGCCAAGUACAAAGAGCAGCUUCUGGAAAAUACUUUUACUUCAUAAUAUUUAAUGUUUUUCUUGGAGUUACGAUCACUGGGACACUGUUUACCUCUUUGAAGAGCAUUAUUAAACAUCCGAAAGGAAUCGUGGACAUGCUUGCAAAAGGCUUGCCGAUAAAUGCAACCUUCUUCCUCACAUAUGUUGCACUAAAAUUCUUUGUCGGCUAUGGACUUGAGCUCUCACGCUUGGUUCCUCUGAUCAUAUUCCAUAUAAAGAAGAAGUAUCUAUGUAAAACAGAAGCUGAAGUGAAAGAGGCUUGGGCUCCUGGAGACUUGGGAUUUGCGACUAGAGUUCCCAACGAUAUGCUUAUCGUAACUAUUGUGCUCUGCUACUCAGUGAUAGCUCCCUUAAUUAUUCCCUUUGGAGCCAUCUACUUUGGACUUGGAUGGUUAAUUGCUCGAAAUCAGGCACUGAAAGUUUAUGUCCCUUCUUAUGAGAGCUAUGGUCGAAUGUGGCCUCACAUGCAUGCAAGAAUAAUGGUAGCUCUGAUCAUAUACCAAAUCACGAUGUUUGGCUACAUCGGGUUGAAGGAAUUCUACUAUGCUUCAUUAAUUCUUCCCCUCAUAGCAAUGUCCUUCGUCUUUGCUUAUAUUUGCAAGAAACGCUUCUACCGAGCAUUUGCCUACACUUCUCUUGAAGUAGUAAGCCGAGGUAAUAAGGAAGUUCAUAGUCUUGAAUCUGUCUAUACUUCAUAUAUUCCUGAUAGCUUGAGGACUCAGAAGCCUGAGGAUCUUGAAUCUUUCGAAGAUGCGCAAUCUCAAGCGUCAAAAUCCACAACAUUUUGAUGUGACGAGGUAGCUCCAAGCUCAGAACCUGUAUUUGUAAUUAGUAGUUCUAUUUUUAGGAUUAUCUUGCUGUUCUAAUAGUUGUGUAUCUAUUAUUAGACCAAUUGUAGCAUUGUCCUAGUGUUGAUUGUUUGUAUUGUUGAGGUUUCUAUCCUUGGGUUUGAGUUUUUAGGUUUUAUUUUUAUUUUUAUUUUUAAUUAGCCCUUUCUUUCAGUGAUUAUUGUUUGUGUUGUGGGGAUUAUCUCAUGUUGCAAUUUUUUUUAUAAUGUUCCAUUUUUCUAUGUAUGUGAGAGACGAUGAUUUUGAUUGUUA